ACAUAUAGCCCCGGAUAUCUUUGUUACCAGACUUGUCACAGCCCCUCAAGGAUAAUCACCAAUUCUGCCUGAAGGACUGAGGAAAAGUGCCUGCAAAAGAGCAACAAUAUUCCAGUAUGGGCAUGAGUAUCUUGAAAUUACUGAAGUAUGUCCUGUUUUUCUUCAACUUGCUUUUCUGGCUCUGUGGCUGCUGCAUAUUGGGCUUUGGGAUCUACUUUCUGGUCCAUAACAGCUUCGGAGUGCUCUUCCAUAACCACCCCUCCCUCACACUGGGCAAUGUGCUCAUCAUCGUGGGCUCCAUUAUCAUGGUGGUCGCCUUCCUGGGCUGCAUGGGCUCCAUCAAGGAGAACAAAUGUCUGCUUAUGUCGUUCUUCGCCCUGCUGCUGAUUAUUCUCCUUGCUGAAGUGACAUUAGCCGUCCUGCUCUUUCUGUAUGAACAGAAGCUGAAUAAUUACGUGAAUAAAGGUCUGAAUGACAGUUUCCAGCGUUACAAAAAGGACAACAGCACCAAGGCAGCGUGGGACUCCAUCCAGACAUUUUUGCAAUGUUGUGGUGUAAAUGGCACCAGCGAUUGGGGUGAAAAACCACCGCCAUCUUGUCCCACAGAUCCACAAGUUAAGGGUUGCUAUGUGAAAGCAGAAGAGUGGUUUCAUUCCAAUUUCCUAUAUAUUGGAAUCAUCACUAUCUGUGUAUGUGUGAUCCAGGUAUUGGGGAUGUCCUUUGCACUGACCCUGAACUGCCAGAUUGAUAAAACCAGCCAGGCCCUGGGACUGUGAUCUUCUGUUGCCUUAUGCUAGAGAGACUUGUUUCAUCUCUGGAAAUCCAAAACCUGAAAUGAUUACUACCUGGCAUGGAGUCUUUGUCCCCUUCCAUUUCUUCCAUGUUUUAAUUCCUCUUUCAUACAACCAGCAAAGAAGGCAUUAGUCAGCAACUUCUCUCAAGCAACAAGAUCAUUUUCAUUAACUCAUAGAAGCAGCCAUAUCCCCCAAUUUGGUGACACUAAUACCCAUGCAUUUUUCAGACAUGAGAGACUAAGAGAACUUGUGUGAAGAAUGGCUCAAGAUCAAAGGGUUAGUCAGGGACUUUAAUGUAUGCAUUGUCCCAUUGUCAAACACAUCUCUAGCCUUUAAGUCAUGCCCAGUUCACUCUCCAAAUCAAGCAAGAGAAAAACUGAGCUCUGGGGCCAGAUUCACUGAAUCAUUUUUAUAACCCUAGUGUAUUUCCUUUUGACUAGAGGUCUUAGAUCCAGGAAUGACAGUCUCUUUCUCCAAAGGGUGAGAUUUCAUUUCAGUUUCCUUAUUAAAAGCCUUAUUGGGGCUCCCCUGGUGGCGCAGACAGUUGAGCGCAGUGCUGUGAAGCUGUCCGCAGCCUCUGCAGCGCCCGAUCGAUCCCCGCUGGCGAGGAUCCCUCUUGGCAUGGCAGACCUCUCCUGUCUUGCCACUGCUCCUGUCAGCAGUGUAUUUCGUCAGCCUACCUGUUCUGUUCCCUUCUCUGUCUCUAGUGAAUCCUCUCACCCUCCCGCGAAUCCAUCCUGUACCCCGGUUCUUGUAUA